AUGGCCGAAAAGCCGCCAGAAGAAGGCUACAUAUCAGUGGUUGACGAAGAACCGGAGAUACUUGAGUUGCUAAAGUGGGAUUCUUCGCAAACACACAAACAACAUGAGCCAACGAGUUUGGAGAAAGCAAAAAGUCCAGAGAAAAAACUUCCGAAGGCGAAAGAGGAUAUAGAUCCGUUUGAUUUGACUGAUCCCGCGUUUAUAGAAACGUAUCGUCUCUCUAAAGAUUUAGCACGGGGUUUAUGUGAAGAAUUAAAACCCGUUAUGCCGGAUUCGACAAAAUCCAUCGAGUUUUCUGUGGAAUGCAAGGUUUUGGCAGCCUUAUCAUUUUAUGCAACAGGAAAGUAUCAGAAAUCAGUUGGGGGCAAGACCGACCCCAGUAUCACCCAAUACUUUGUCUCUACGGCUGUCUUGCAGGUUACGGAAGCCAUGAAUCACCCAACAAUUGUGAAGAAAUAUAUACAUUUUCCUCAUCUGAGGAAUGAAAGAGACAUCAUUAAAACCAGGUUCUACAUGAAAUAUGGCAUGCCCAAUGUAGUGGGGUGCAUAGACUGCACGCAUGUUCCCAUCGCGCGGCCCGAUGACGACCAGAAGAGGCAUUUCAACAAGUCUUACCAUUCCAAGAAAGUACAGAUUAUCUGCGACAGUGACUUAAAUAUAAUAAGUGUGGAAGCGAAGCCGGGCGGGUCGUACACACAUGACGCUAUAUUGAACCAACACGCUGUAAGGAUCGACCUUGAGAGCCUUAAUCAUUCCGGAGAGCAGUGUUGGCUUAUCGGUAGUCCACAUUACUCACAGAAACCGUACCUCAUGACACCAGUCCCGAGGAUCACGAAGAAGUCCCCUGUGUCACCUGAGAAGUACUACACAAAUGUCCACAGUCAAACGCAUCAGUCUGUAACGGACACCAUUAAGCACCUAAAAUCGCGAUGGAAAUGUUUGCAGGCGACUUGCAACAAGCAGUUUGAUCCGCAGACGGUGUCAAUGUUGAUUGUAGCUUGCUGUGUCCUUCAUAAUAUUUGCAACAGACAAGGCCUCCCUGUGGUACCAAUGACACAAACCGAGGAGAGACUUGAGGCCAUGAAACAGAAGGUGGCCAACAGCCCGAUAUCAAGAAAGCAAGUAGAAGACCCGAAAGGAGUUCAAGCUAGAGCCAUAUUAGUUGACAGGUUAUGGAAUGAGCGUAGAAUCGCUCCAGAGUCUUGUGCUGGACCGAAGAAACGUCAGAAGAAAGAUAAAGUUGUGGAAAGUCAUCCGCCUCAGAUGAUCCAUCCGCAGCAGAUGAUGCAGCCUCAAAUGCAUCAUGAAGACCCCAGUAAAAGGCCGAGAAUUGUAAUGAAUAACCCAACGUAUUGUUUAGGGAUGGCGCCAGGGUGGGGGCAUUAUCCCCAACAUUAA